UGCUUCUACCAUAACCAGCCUUCCUCACCAAAAUUAUAAGACAAUGGCUUCUUCAUUGCUAAACCUUGAAAAUUAUUCAAUUCCUUUGGAGGAGAUCAAUCUUGCCACCGACAACUUCAAUCCACAAAGAUGUAUUGGAGGUGGUGGAUUUGGUUAUGUCUACAGAGGACAACUCUCAAAACACUGGCAAAAUCGCAUAGUUGCUAUCAAACGCCUAGCUAAGGAUGGCUACCAAGGGGAGCGCGAGUUCCGCAACGAGGUCGAGAAGAUUUCCGGUUUCCACCAUGAAAACAUCAUCUCUUUCGUUGGUUAUUGUGAUGAAGAAAAUGAGAUGAUUAUAGUUUGUGAGUAUGCAACCAAUGGAAGCCUUGACCAUCAUCUCAAAGAUCAAAAUAAGAUGUGUUGCUUAACAUGGAUACAGAGGCUGAAGAUUUCCCUAGAGGCAGCUAGCGGUCUCAAUUAUCUUCAUGCGGGUCGUGGGGAGCAUAAAAGCGUAAUUCACCGAGACAUCAAGAGUGCAAAUAUUCUGUUAGAUGACAAUAUGGUUGCAAAAAUUUGUGAUUUUGGCUUGUCAAAAUCAGGUCCCAAAAGUCAGACAAUUACCCAUAUAUAUACAAAGGUUGCGGGUACCCAGUAUUACAUAGAUCCCACUUACAUUGAAAGCCGCAUCCUCCGUAAAGAGUCGGACAUAUACUCCUUAGGUGUGGUACUGUUUGAAAUGCUCACUGGGAUGCUGGUUUAUCGUCCACGGAGAAUCGGAGAGGAUAAGACUGACUCUCUCAUAAAGUUGGUUCGAAAAUACUAUCCCAAGGAACUAGACAAAUUAAUUGAUCCCGACAUAAAUGAUCAAAUUAGUAGUCGUUCCUUUGAUACGUUUAAAAAAAUUGCAUGGCAGUGUAUUAGUUAUGAUUUUAAGAAACGACCUGCGUUAGACAUGGUGAUGAAGAAGAUCCAGGAAGCAUUGGAUAUUCAAUUGCAGGAAAAUGUUUCUGCCUUUUUUGAGAGUAUUGAGAAGGACAGUGGAUUUAAUCAUGGAAAACCUGUUCCAGCGUUUACCAUAUACAAAUUGCUUCUCCAUCGGAAUUAUAUUGAAGCUGAAAAAACAAUGGUGUUGGAACGACUCUUUCAGAUAUUUGUUUCAGAAAAUAAGUAUCAAAAAUCCAAUCCGAGGAUGGCGUAUUGGUUAUCAUGUGCAUAUAAUUUAUUAUUCUUAAUCCAAAAAAGUCUAAAACUUGAUGGUGCAAGUUCAGUUCAGGAACCACCACCUUCAACUUUCCUACUAAGAGAAAUGAUAACGGCUGAUGAUGAAAUUUUACAUCAAAUAGAGUUGCGAGUAUUACUUGCAUCGGCUAUUCAGGAGCCACGAAUGUUCCAGGAACCAACUAGUUCUAAAAGAUCCUUUCAUGAAGAUUAUCGAUUCAGUGAUUGGCAUGGGAUUCUUGAUCGCCUUAACACUUUUCUAAGCACAAUGAAAAAAAAUUAUGUGGCUCCUAUAGUUGUUCAGAGGAUAUUAGCUCAAGUUUUCUCAUAUAUUAAUGUGCAGCUCUUUAAUAGUCUUCUUUGGCGUUGGGAGUAUUGUUCCUUCAGAAAUGGGGAAUUUGUGAAAGUCGGUUUGGCAGAGCUGGAGCUAUGGUGUAGUCAGUCACAAGGAAAGUAUGCUGGCUUAGCUUGGGAUGAACUGAAGCAUAUUCGACAAGCUGUUGAGUUUCUGGUGAAACACAACAAGCAUUUGUUAACCUACGAUGAAAUCACCAAUCUAUGCCCUAUUCUCAGCAUCCCACAGUUACAUAGAAUAUGCACAAUUUAUCGGGACCUCACUCACUCUCGCGGAUUAUUUUUCUUAUCCUUUGAACAUGUUACUUCAAGAAGGUUAUGGAUGAGAGAAAAUUCUAGUUUUAUUUAUAGCUAUCGACUAAACGAUAGUCCCUUCUAUGUAGUAAAAUAUUUUUUCAAGAUUCUAUUCUACCUAAUUCUGUAUACAAUAUUCAAAAAUUUUUUGGAGGACAGUCACCACGUAUCCUCCGAUGUUAUUAUAAUGAUGAAGAUAUGGAUGAAAGAGCAUUCUAAUAUUAAUUAUCGACUAAAUGAUAGUUCAAGACAAGCUUUCUCUGUUGACGACCUCUACACUUCAUUGCAAGUAGAUGAUUUUGCAAACAUUAAUCCUACUCUGUAGAACUUGCCAAGUGUGGAGCCUUUCAGGUUUUAAACAACUAAAAGUCACACCUUACCAGAUUAUGUUUCACGUAAAGUUUGGGGACAAUCAUAUUUCAUGCAAGGAAAUGAUUCUUAGAAUUCGGCUAUAGUUUUUGGCUUUUUGUAAUUAUCGCACAUUUGAUGGAGGGGAAUGUCCAAGGUUAUGGUUUUAAAAUUAUCAUACAUGAGCUCUUCUUGGUAUAGCUCUCGAUUUACUCCUAGCAGGAACACG